UACACACGGGUGGCGUGGAUUACGUUGAGUUCUAAGAUCUUUCCUACCAGGAUCUUACCCAUUAUUCUCUGGAAAUCCAGUUGGUCGCUAUUUUGCAACCACCGCCCGACGUCCAUUUAAGAGCCAACUAUAAAGGUCUCAAUGAAACGCCGUUCCUCACGCAGAGACUGAUCACGGCAGUGGAAGAGGAUGGCCGUCCACGCUGAGGGGAUCGUGGCUAUAGUGAUCUUCUACUUGCUGAUUCUGGCCGUGGGGAUAUGGGCCGCGUGGAAGAACAAAAACUCAGGGGUGUCGGAGGGCCAGGACCGCAGUGAAACCAUCAUGGUGGGCGGGAGGGACAUUGGGUUGUUCGUCGGUGGAUUCACCAUGACGGCUACAUGGGUGGGCGGCGGCUACAUCAACGGGACGGCAGAGUAUGUCUACCUGCCUGACUACGGCCUUGCCUGGGCACAGGCUCCCUUUGGAUACGCCCUCAGUCUGGUAGUAGGUGGCCUGUUCUUUGCCAAGCCCAUGCGCUCCAGGGGUUACGUCACCAUGCUGGACCCGUUCCAGCAGAUAUAUGGGAAGCGCAUGGGGGGGCUGCUAUUCAUUCCCGCGCUCAUGGGGGAGAUCUUCUGGUCUGCCGCCAUCUUGUCAGCCCUGGGAGCUACUCUGAGUGUGAUUGUGGACAUUGACAUCAACAUGUCGGUGGUGAUCUCAGCCCUGAUAGCCAUCUUCUACACCCUGGUAGGAGGCCUGUACUCUGUGGCCUACACUGACGUGGUGCAGCUCUUCUGUAUCUUCCUGGGACUGUGGGUCAGUGUGCCGUUUGCCCUGUCCAACCCAGCGGUGUCAAGCAUCAGUGUGACAGCUAAAGAGGCUGUGUACCAGACACCCUGGCUGGGUAAGAUAGACUCAGCAGACACCUGGAUGUGGAUCGACAACUUCUGUCUUCUGAUGUUGGGGGGGAUUCCGUGGCAGGUGUAUUUUCAACGGGUUCUCUCUGCCUCUUCAGCUACGUACGCCCAGGUUCUGUCCUUCAUCGCUGCCGCUGGUUGCCUGGUCAUGGCUGUCCCCUCCGUCCUCAUAGGAGCGAUAGGGGCCUCCACAGACUGGAACCAGACUACAUACGGGGCAAUUCCUCCCAAAGAGAAGGACCAAUCAGAUAUGAUCCUGCCCAUCGUGCUGCAGCACCUGUGCCCACCCUGGAUCUCCUUCUUUGGUCUGGGGGCGGUGUCUGCCGCUGUGAUGUCAUCAGCGGACUCCUCCAUCCUUUCAGCCAGUUCAAUGUUCGCCAGAAACAUCUACAAGCUGGCCUUCAGACAGUCUGCGACAGACCGUGAGAUCGUGUGGGUGAUGCGUAUCACCAUCUUUGUGUUCGGAGCUCUGGCCACGGCCAUGGCAUUGCUCACAGGGACAGUAUACGGCCUGUGGUACCUGAGCUCCGACCUGGUCUAUGUUAUCAUCUUCCCCCAGCUGCUCAGCGUGCUCUUCAUCAAAGGAACCAACACGUACGGCUCGGUGGCCGGCUACAUCUUCGGUCUGCUGCUGCGUAUCGGGGGAGGGGAACCCUACCUCAAACUUCCCCCCUUUAUCUACUAUCCCGGCUGGGUGCAACAGGAGAAGAUCCACCACCUGACUGGAGACGUGGAGUACUUCAUCCAGCAACGCUUCCCCUUUAAAACGGUCUCCAUGCUGGCCUCCUUCCUGGGUAACGUGGCCUUCUCCUACCUGCUCAAGUACCUGUUUGAGUCUGGGACUCUGUCUCAUAAGUAUGACUUCAUGGAUGCUGUGGUGUCCAAACACAGUAAGGAGAUUAUGGACAAGACCACGUUGGUCAGUCACGACAACAUCAUCCUGUCGGAGAUGGCGCCGGUCAAAACGCACCUCAGCACCUCACUGGCCGGGGCGUUUACAAACACAGAGGCUCUCAGUGAUGACGAGGAGUCCAGCCCCGAGUCCUUAAACAACGACCAGGAGUAGAGACCAGGACCCAAAGCCCAGGACCCAGAGCCAGACCUAGACCCAGAACUGACUAGAACCAGCCCUCCUGGGUACCUACCCUCCUGCAGAAUGUUGCUCCAGCCUUGAUCUAACAUACCUGACGCUACUAAUCAGCAUCUUUAAUAGCUCAACCAGGUGUGCUACAGUAGGGCUGGAGCAAAAGCCUGCAUACCAAUUGCUCUCCAGCAGAAGGGUUAGCCAGCCCUGAUGUAGAUCCUUGAACCCAGGCCCAGACCAGGUCUGUCCAGCCAUCCAGCCCCGUUGUGUUCUCAUCAUAUCAACCACUGACUGACUCUCUGCGAAUCAAACGCCAUGGUCAUUUUAGUUUUCUGUUCUCAGUGCUGCUACAGUAAAUGGAGUCAUUAUAAAGGUAAGGUAAUCAAGGUAUAAAAUAGAACUGUCUGUAUGUGUCAAUAGGGAACUCUGAGAUGGAUGCCAGCCCAGAGGGUGAUGAGAAUAAUGCAACAUUUAAUUGUGUGUGUGUGUACGUGUGUGCGUACGUGUGUGUGUGUACGUGUGUGCGUGCGUGAACAAAUUCACCUCCAUUAGUUAUGUGUCUGAAAUCAGUUUUAGAUUAUUUUAUUUAUUUAUUUAGAUUAUUUCCUAAUUUGCUAAGAAUUAACUUACUAAUACAGCAAUACUGUUUUUAGGGUCCAUGCUUUAAAUAUAUAUGUCAUUACAAAUCAUUACAAAUCGUUGAUUGUUUUUUAUCUUGAUAGCAAAAACACAACAUUUCAGUUUGUUUUUAUGUUGUGUGCUCAUAAUCUAAUUUACACACAAUAACCUGGUACAGUUCAGAAUACUCAGUGUUAACAGUAUUUGCAUAGUAACCGGAUUUGAACAGAGCUGAGAAGAGAAACUCCUAUUCCAUGUUGUCCAUGUCCCAAAAUCCUCCUCUCUGCAGGUGGAGAGGUUCAAUACUGUGCUGUUGUGUUAGAGGGGAACACUUGCUAUAUUUCACAGUCUUACAUCACAUUUUUACUGAGAAACUACCGUGUGUCAGCAAUAUAGGUGACAAGACAUACAAAUACUGUAUUAAUGGCUAUACUGGUUGAAAGUGGACCUAGCUGUGGUUUUCAUCCAUCUGCAUCAGAAAUUACACCAUAUUCCCUAUAUAGUGCACUACUUUUGGCCAGAGCCACAUAAGAUUAGGUAGUGUGCUAUAUAGGAAAUAGGGUACCAUUUGAGAUGGGCCCUAUAAUCGUUUGUUACCUUCUCUAAACUGUUAUUGAGUGCAGAGCAGCAGCAGAGUGGCAGAGGGGUUGGGGAGGCUGAGAUUGCUCCUCCAGGGAUCGUAUCAAUAACCUGUUUGCACGAACGAUUCGAUUCUUCUCCAUCCGUCUGCCCCAAGAACAUUUGAUUGGUUCCAAGCUGGUUAUGAGCUGAGACAGGAAAAGAACAGCACUGGUUGUUUUGGUAUCAGUGGUUGUAAUGAUUGGAAGCUGAGCAGGUCCUAUGCUGAGUGAAUGAUAGGUGAACGCUGACAGGGAACGCUAGCCUUUUGGGGAGCCCAUGUUUUAUGUUUUAAACGUAAUUUCCUGAGAUUCUACACAUUUUGCCAUGGAGUGUAGUGAAAAUGUUCAAAUUUAUAACACAUUUCAUGCAAUAGUACACAUUUUGCCGUGAGGCAGAGAGAUUUAUUUGCAGUUCUACAGCAAAUGUUCUGCAAUUUUAUCCAUUUUGUAAUGACUUAUGCCAUGUUAAUAUGAUAUUUGACUGAGAAUGCCAAACAAAAUCAAUGGGAGCCUGCUGGAGGUCAGGCCCCCUGGGCAUUUGGUAUUCGGCCAUGAUUACUACAAGUUUAGAUAGCUGACGAGUUUAACUACCACUCUAAAAAUUGUUGGCUGACAUGGCUAAAUGAGUGGCUGUCAGUAGCUAGGUUUCCAUCCAAUUUCAACAGAUUUUCAUGCAGAUAUUCUAAAACCUGCAUGAAAUAAUAUGCUUAUUUUUGCACCAGAGAUGUGUUUCCAUUAAACUUACGUUUUGCCUUUAAAAUACUGUGCGUGACGUAAUGUAGAUUAAAAUAGCUUUUGUGGUUAAAUUUCCAUUUAACAGUACCAAAUGAAAAAUAAUAGUUAGAUGGGUUUCAAUCACAUUUUCAGCUCUACUGAUGGUUCUGUCACAAAACCUUUUGAGUUAUAUAAUGUAUUCACUCUGGUCUUGGCAGUGUGCUCUAGCCAACAGCUGGCAGACACAGUGCAGCUAGAUUACCUAUGUUAGGAGAUGAUUAUGGAUAAGAGUGUGUUUUUCAAACGGCAGCCAGGAAUCGAUCAUGUCACCAGAAGAAGACCCUCAAUAUUUUUUCGAAAGGAGCAUCAAAUUCAUCACCUUGCACAUUCACCCACUGUGUGAAGUUCAUCGUAACUUAUUUCAACUGCAGCCUAAUAAACUGCAUGGUUUUCCGAGUCGUAGUGGGAGGACCACACAAUAUAUCACUGCAUCACUCCUAGUUUAUUUUGAUAGGAUGGUUAUUAUUCCAAUAUUUGCGCAUAAAGGCGCUUCCACUGCCAUUUCUCACAUAAUUCCUUUUACAGACACAAGAAGAUCACACCAUGUUGAACCAACACAUUGUCUGUUGGCAUUUAUAAAAUUGUAUCGGCAUUUCAUGUUUCCAUCAGCCCUGUCGUGACUUUUUAUGCGUCAGAUAAUUCAUGCUCAUGAAAUGGCUGGAUGGAAACGUAGUCAGUGAACUGACAUAAGAAGAAACAAAUGCUGAUGCACAACCACAUUUCUAAAUUGCACCUGGUGUAUUAUACUAUUCUAACUGUCAAUAGUAAGUUGAGACCCUGACCGACUUCCUUUUUAAAACAUUUGUGGGGGAACCCCCUAGCAGCCAGGGGCCCUAAGCUUAUGUCUCUUAUGCCUCGAACCAGCCCUAAACGCUGAGGAAGGUCUGUUGACCAAUAGGUUGGUCAGAGAAAAUAUGUCAAAAAGCAGAUUUUCUGAUGGUGAUGGGAAAUGUGGUUGUUGUUUUGAUGUUGUUGAGUAUUUAUAUUCUCUGCUUCACUCCUCUCAAAUAGUAUUUGUUAGCAAACAUUUGCUGGUCUUAAUAUAUAAUUUUAAUCUGUUUGAAUUAUGGCCUUAAUUUGGGUAGUAUUGGGAGCUGGUCUGAUGCUAUGCAAAGUGUCAGAGUGGACUUGUGUGUCAGGCAGUCUGUUUGGAAUGUAAUGUGAAUGUAAGGUUUCCUCUCCUUCAACCAGGAGACCCGGCUUCAUGCUGUCUUAUGUGCUACAGUAUCACUGGAAAAACAAAUCAAAAUGAAAGAAUAAAAAACAUAAUCACAUCAGUUGCUCGGCUGGCUAUACUAAAUGUGCUUCUAUGUCGUAAAUGGAAAUAUAUAUUUAUGUGUGAUACAUGUAUAUACCAACAAAGUCAGCAUAUGAACAAAUGGAAUAUACGUUUCAAUGCAACAUGAUCAAUUAUUUAUCCGUUUAGUGAGGUGAAAUUACAGCUACAUAAUUAUUUAUUUAUUUAUGCAGUGUCUAUAAAAUUAUGGUGAUUAAUAUGUGAGGUAAAUAAAUUAUAUUA